CUAAAAUGUAAUGGUUUUUUGUACAAAUUAAAAGACAUAAGCAUAAAUGUAGAUCGACAAAGGGAUAAAAAAGGAUAGAGAAGUGAGGAUUCAAAGAGAUAGGAGUGAAAGUACAUUAAAAGGAAAUAUAAAAAGAUAGACGAUGGAAAGGGAGGAGUAUCGAAUAACUGCUGUGGCUGAAGUCUCGGAUAGGAAUUCAUCACGAAGGAAUCCGAGGGAAGCGAGAACGAUAAAAAGAACCAAUCGAUUUGUUUGAGUCAAAGGAAAAAACUUGUGGGUUGGCAGUCGAAAAAAGUGAGAAAAAAAACUCUUGAAAUCAGUUAUUGUCGUCUGAUCUCUCUCUUUUUUUUAAAUUCAAAAAUAUUUUCCUAUAUCUUCCCUAUAUCUUCCCUAUAUCUUUCUGUGAGUGUUUGUGUGACGCAAAGUUUUCGAUUAUCGGAGAAGGUAUUUUGCCGGCCACGGCCGUAAAUGUAUAGUUUUACGGAGUGCGCGCAUGCCCUUUUAGUCCAAGUGACGUCACUCUCCUAGCUCUCUCGUUUGACACAUGCCCGGUUCAUAUGACCAAUGUUUGUAGACUAUACAAUACAGUUUUACAGAACACGAUCUAAUAACAAAACGACAUCGUGCUCAGAGAAUACACUCUUGGCCUAUUUUAAAAUGCUAAACUGUUCAAUGAGACUAUCGACGUUAUGGUCCAUAUACGCUAUGCUCAAAAAACUCUACUUUUCCAAGAGAAGCAGAAAAUUUGUAUGUACGCGACGUUGAUUGCAUAUAUAAAAAAACAAUCAGUUGGUUUCGAGCCCACUAAAUCGGCUACAUUUAGCAAAGCAGAAGUUCCCCGCUUUUUAUCGAAAGUUCCAGACGUGGACUAUCUGACUAUGAAGGUUGCCUUAGUCAUCGGGAUCAUGGGAGCAUAUAAGAGUCAGGAACUAACUGAUAUAAAAAAUGAAGAUCUGAGAGAGGAAGGUUCUCUUAUUGUUAUUACUUUGCCGAAAACCAAAACAAGAAGUCCAAGUCGUUAAGAAGCAAAUGGAUGCUCGUCCGCCACAAGCACAUGUUAAUAGGUUUCUUUUUUUGAGUUAAAAAAAAGGUAUUUGUAAGAAUCAAGUAAUUGGUAAGCACAGGAUUGCGGCAAUGCCCAAGUUAAUUGCUUAUAUUUAAAUUUGCAAAAUUCCGAAAUUUACACGGGAUAUUGUUUUCUGUGUACCGCUGCCGCUAUUUUCGCUAACGAAGGAGGUAACAUGAUAGAUUUGAAAGACUUUUAGGGGUUUGGCGUCAGACAAAGCUGCUCAAGGGUACAUUCAAGGAUCGGUUCAUCAUAAAACAAAAAUUAGUAAUCUGUUGACGUACGCGUUAAAUGUGCUCGAAACGAAAAAAUGUGAGACUCUGACUUCUGUAACCCAUGAAAAAAUUGAAUCUGAAAACAAACCCAGUCAAAAAAAUCAAGCAAUUGUAAGGUCCUCAUCGCAAAAAUUUACAAUGGCAUCACAAGCUGGUAAAAUGGUUCACAAAAACUGUGUAGGACACAUUCAUAAUUAUCAAAAUGAGUGAAAAAAACAAAAACAUGUGACUGAAAAUAAUUUAUACAAGUAUUUCCACUGAAGGUAUAUAAACAAACCAUUGUCCAAUGAAUAAGGCAGUGUAUUUUAUUCUGACAAUAGCCUAAAAAAAUUUUUUUUUUACCAUAACUUUAAAAAGAUUAUAUUCGACUAACUAAAACUAAAAUAGCAUAAACUCAAAUGUCUCUACUAUUG